GUUGUCCGGUGACCGUGUCUCCACAGAUGCUGUGAUGAUUACACGCGCGCAUUUUAUUUGUGAACAAUUAAACGUUGAAUAAUUGUAUCUGCGCGUUUUUGCGCACGUGUGAUGCAAGUGUCGCGUCGUUUGUUCUACCGUGCAAGUGUGUUCUCCUCGCUUUCGAGCUCGUCCGGUCUCUCUUUGGGUGCCAUCGGAUGUUCCAAGCCACCAUGAAUCAACGAAUUUCUAUUGCGGUCAUCCUGGUUGCAGUUUACUGUCUUCACGUUGGGAAAGCUCAAUGCGUACUAGAAGGUCGAGUGUAUCAACCGAGAGAUACUAUCACGCCUGUGCCCUGCACUCUGUGCGAGUGUGUUGCCAAUCAGUUCUCUUGCCGAAUAGUCGAAGACUGCUACGAUCCAGCAACAACACCAACACCUGUGCUUGUGUCAGAGCCAAUCGAAGCUUGUCAAGAACCAAUUAUUAUCGAGUCUAAUAGCAUAGUCGUGUACACAAUAGGAAGUGAUACCGGUGACGUCAGGUUGAUAUGAAAGGCUCGAGGGUUUCCAAGACCAAUUAUCACUUGGACACCAUUAGGAGAUCCACGCAGAUUCAGACACAAAGGCAACGGAAUACUCGUCAUCAAAAACCCCGUUCCAGGAGACAGCAGAACUUACACUUGUACAGCUAUAAAUGAGUGUGGCAAGGACGCAGUUGAAACAACAGUUACUGUUGUUGAAGGUCAUUUAGUAUGGUAUACUAGUUAGUGUUCCUGGUGUUGCUUUCGUUGUUGCAUCAUUGUUGUUUUUGUUGUUGUGUUAUGUUUGUUUUUGUUCUAUUGUUAUAAUUACUAUUGCUUUAUUGCUAUUGUCGUUGUCAUUAGUUGUAAUUUGUUUGUGUUUCUACGCACUAAAUCUGUAUAAAUUUGUGGCGUUGUGUGCUCAUUACGGUCACAUCACACUCAGGGAUCACACGUGAAGAUAAGAUUAGUGACAAUUACUUUGCAUUUUCUAGAAGAACUAUCUAAGCCAGUCG